AGUGCCAACCGACGACCCGGCAGAAACGACAUUACAAUGCAGUGCCGUGGCAUAACCGAUUCGUGGUAGCGGAAAUAAAAACGUCACCUUGGGAAAUCAUGAAAUAUGAGACGGGAUACUUUUCAAUUGUCGUAAGACACUACGGUCGGCUGUCGUUCGCAACCAUCCUAAUCACCAUUAGAUCCUUCCGCAAUCGUUGCGUACCGACCACUGGUGUUGAGUAAGCUGAAAUGCAAGCAACGGUCUCGGAGGGAAACGGUCAGGGACCCAACAGUAGCAGCAGCAGCACCGGCCACAAUCACUGCUCCUCUCCGAAACCACCACCGCCCGGAUCGUGGGCAUCGUUGAAGGCGAACGUGAUAAGAUGGCGCGGCUCGCGGAAACUGGUGCUCGUCAUCGUCGCCAUCGCACUCCUGCUCGACAAUAUGCUGCUGACCGUCGUUGUGCCAAUCAUUCCGGAGUUUCUUUACGACAUCAGACACCCGGAUGCACCCCUGGCCAGCUUUCCUAAAACACCGCCGACCACACCGUGCGAGAAGGAGGUAACCACACCGUACAAUGGCAUCGAUGUCACCACGCAAGGUUACGAUAACGCCAGCUGGUACGCGGAACGGGAGGAACGGCACAAGGAGCUGGUUGAGGAGACGGUCGAGGUUGGACUGAUGUUUGCGUCGAAAGCGUUCGUCCAGCUGCUGGCUAAUCCGAUCGUUGGACCGCUAACGCACAAAAUAGGUUACAGCAUUCCGAUGUUUGCCGGAUUCGUCAUUAUGUUUAUCUCUACGUUGAUUUUCGCCUUCGGAAGAACGUACUCCGUACUAUUCCUGGCCCGAGCAUUGCAGGGUAUCGGUUCGUCCUGUUCGUCCGUAUCGGGCAUGGGCAUGUUGGCCGAUCGCUACACAGACGACAAGGAGCGCGGUAACGCGAUGGGCAUUGCACUCGGUGGACUUGCACUGGGCGUACUGAUCGGUCCUCCGUUCGGUGGUAUCAUGUACGAGUUUGUCGGUAAAUCUGCGCCAUUCUUGGUGCUUUCGGCGCUUGCAUUGGGCGAUGGAUUGCUGCAGCUGAUUAUGCUUCAGCCGUCGGUCGUUAUCGAGGAAUCGGAUCCACCAUCGCUGAAGGCGCUCGUCACCGAUCCUUACAUUAUCAUUGCGGCUGGUGCGAUCACGUUUGCUAAUAUGGGCAUUGCCAUGCUUGAACCUUCGCUACCGAUCUGGAUGAUGGACAAUAUGGGUGCGAGUCGAUGGGAGCAGGGUGUCACGUUUCUGCCCGCCUCCAUCAGCUAUCUGAUCGGUACGAAUCUCUUUGGGCCGCUAGGACAUCGUAUCGGACGGUGGUUGGCGGCUUUGCUGGGUUUGGUUAUUAUCGGGCUGUGCCUGCUGUGUAUCCCGAUGGCUACCUCCAUCAAUCAUCUGAUCUUGCCAAAUGCUGGUCUAGGGUUCGCCAUCGGUAUGGUCGAUUCCUGCAUGAUGCCCGAGCUAGGCUACCUGGUGGACAUCCGGCAUUCGGCCGUGUAUGGUAGUGUAUACGCUAUUGGUGAUGUUGCAUUCUGUCUGGGAUUCGCCAUUGGUCCUGCCCUCAGUGGCACCUUGGUAAACACCAUCGGAUUCGAGUGGAUGUUGGUUGGGAUUUCGAUCCUUUGCUUCGCUUACGCGCCACUGAUGACUUUCUUGAGAGCACCACCGACCAAGGAGGAGAAGAAGGUAAGCAUCAACGGUAUCGACAAUGCUGGACUGUCGCUUGAAAGUGGACCGUGCAGUUCGUCAAACGAUCCGUCCACACACCCCACAAGCAACGCCAAUGCCGCCUCCUCCCCUACCAGCAAUGGGAAGUCUCAAACGAAUGGGAAAACGGCCAACGGAAACGGCACCACUAACGGAGUGUCCGAUACGCCAGUUGAUUAUCGUGAAAAUUAUGUGACGAAGCUAUAA